AAUUGAUUCCACAAUGGAGAAGAUCAGGCUCAUGCAGCAUCCUUCACCAAAACCACCAGCAGCCCCCAGAAGGACCCCAGCAGUGGCACAAAAGGUUCACGCACCAUCAUCUGCCCUACCAAAGAGACAGGAAUAUCAUCAGGAGACCCCAGUGAGACCCAAGGUUCCUGCGCCUCCAUCAAAACCUGCCCCGCUCAACAAAAAAGGACCUCGCCGUGGCACAAACCUCCGCACCAAAAAGCCAGUUGUGGAUGACAUCCGGCCUUUGGCGAACCCAUCAGAGGGCUUGUCCAUCUGCUUCAAGCAGCUGGAAUCAGAAGACUGGGAGGAGAAAAUGAAAGGCUUGAAAACUGUUCGGGCUCUGGCGCGACACCAUUCAGCACUACUACAGACCAAACUCCAUGAAAUCUGUUUGGUCCUUGAAGAACAGGUGAAUAAUCUGCGUUCUGCUGUGGCUGUUGCUGCAAUGGACGCCGUAGGAGAGCUCCAUGUCCAAUUAGGGAAAGCCAUGGACCCCCACGCAGAGAGGACAGGCCGCGCCCUGCUGCUGAAGUUGGCAACAACAACCAACACCUUCAUUCACCAGCAAGCUAACCUGGCCCUGGAUUCACUGGUGGAAGGCUGCAGCCCUGGAAGGAUUAUCACCUUUCUUGUCAACGCCGGGCUAAAUCAUCGUUGUGCUGCAGUAAGGGCCAGCACUGCACAGCACCUGCACCAGCUGGCAGACAUCAUGGGAGUGGACCAGACAUUAACGGCAGGAAAGGUCUUUGCAAAACGCUACCUGACUGCUGUCAGUAAGAUGGCAGUGGAUGCUGCACCAGAUGUCAGGCACCAUGGACAGGCGAUGCUUCAAGGACUCGUCCACCAGAAGGAUUUCAUCGCUCUGUAUGAUAAGGUUGUCCCAACGGCAGACAGGCGGCCCUUGCAGAAAAUCUUGCAGAAGAUGAGGCAGUAGAGGCAGUGGACCUGGGCUUGGGGUUUGCAUGUUCUCCCCCAAUGCCAGUCAGGGUUCUCUUCAACAUUCCCAAAGACAUGCAUAUUAGGUAUAUUCAGGUAAGUUAUUAGGUUAUUAGACUGGUGACUUGUCCAGGGUAGAUUCUGAACAAGUCACCAGUCUAUCUUGAGGCUGGCAUAGAGGUGCAGGGGUUAGCUCUGUUAGCUCACAGGAAGAGGGUUUUGGGUUAGGACCUUGUGUGGAGUUUGUAUGUUCUCCCUAUGCCAGUGUGGGUUUUCACCGGGUGCUCCGGUUUCCUCCCACAAUUCCAAAGACAUACAUAUUAGGUUAAUUGGACACUAAGUAAUAAUAAUGAUUGAAAUUAAUAAAUAA